UGCAGAAACCGGCAGAAACUAAGAAAUAAUAACAAUAAAAAGUUGCAGAAAACGCUGAUACUAAUGCAAAGAAAUAUAGCAAUAUUGAAUAAACCAUGUCGAAGCUAAAGUGGAAAUGUUCCAAGCAAUAUUGUGCCGAACAGGAACGUGAUCCGUACGAACUCUUGUAUCGAAAGGCCGACAUGUUUUCCGACUACAUGGAUGACGGUCCUUGUUAUAUCCCGAAAGUACAAGAACACCUUGCUGAUCCGGUCGAAUUGGUGGAAACAAUAGACGAGAUCGAUUUACCGGCGCAUCGCUUAACGGGAAAGGUUCGCUACCAGUAUUUAAGCUAUCUAGAAAACCUACUAGAACGUAAUUACGAAACAUGGUCAAAUACUGUUGAAUCAUUUGAUAACGUGACGUUCACACCAUCUGAAAUUCAGCGUUGUGCUGAAUGUAUCGAAAUGAAAGCGGUUAAAUCGUGUAUGAUUGUUUCUCUUUAUCGCAGCUACAUACUCAAAGCAAUAACUCAGAUUCGAAAAGAAACGAACGAGUUCAGCUUGCAUCCCAAUCUUAUUAAUAUGAAGUUUACACCAAAGUCUAUUAAAAAAGAAUUAUGUGAUGUUGCUGUCCAAACAGACAGUACGUUUUCGAAUCUACGGCAGUCGGAAUCAUCUGUCGGGGAGCUUCCUCUGCUUGAUGUACCGACAAUGUCUCUCGAUGAUAAAAUCCGCGAUUUCGAAAAACAAUUGCACAUAAAUGAGCCGGAUAAUCUUUCAUGUAAGAAGCGGCGCAAAGAGCAAAGGACAAAGAUUACAAAAGAUGAACGAAAGUUGUCUGUAGUGAAUAGAAUGGCUAGGCGCAAAUCAAAACUAUCAGCUCCUAACGAAGGAAAUUCACAUCAAUUGUGCGAGGAUGUUCAACCUGUAGAUAGUUCUAAUACCUGCAGUGUGGUUCCUAUGGCGAGGUCCACAAAACAUGCCGAUGAAGACGAUCAAAUCAUGCGUGAACUUGAAGCAAUGUUUGAAACCGAGGACAAUGGAAAUAUUUUCGAAUCUUGUGAAAAUCAAGUUCAAAUUAAAGCAAUUAUAAACGAAAUCGAGCAAUUUGAUCCACCAAAUCUGGAUGAAAAGUGUGAAAAGGUAAUUGUAUCCAACGAUACAAUGAAUGGUCAUCCUUCCCCAAUGUUAAAUUAUUCAAAAAGUGAUAUUUUUAAAAACUCUGAGCAUGGAAUGCUUGAUAACCCCACAGAGAAAAUAGACGACCUGAAGAAAAGUUUAUGGCCCUGCGAAUUGCACAUGCAGAAAAUGAGAUUGCGUGACUUGUUGAGCAAUAUUGCUGAAAAUAAUUAUAUGCGUUAUGAAAGAAUUCAAGCAAGAUUUAUUGUGCUAUUUGGCGAGUUCGAGCCAGAAGACGACGAACUUGGACCAUACAGUCCAUCUAUUGAAUUGGAUGACGUGCUAGUGUCGAGCUGCAGGCAGCGCAUUGCUAAGUGGGUAGUGCAGGCACUAAUGAAACCUUUAAACGACGGUCUCAUCGGUAAUAGGUUCCUGUUCAAGAAACUUGCUAAGCAUAUAGCCGAUAGUAUAAUCUAUCAAAACCAAUAUCCUGAUCAACAGUUCAUUAAAAACUAUGUUUUGGAUUACUUUUGCGCGCAUCGUGCUAUAUUAUGUAUUGAAGAUAUGAUUUGAAGAAAUAAG